UAAGUGCGAGCAGUCUCGUUUAAUCUCCGCGGCGCGCGGAAGAAGCCGGUGAGGCCCUGUGUUUGCGCAUUAUUUUCCGACUGGGAAGCGAAACGAUCGUCGUCGGUCAGUGUCGCUAACAUGUGUAUCAAGUGGCUGGUGGUCGUCUGCGCGAUCGUAGUGUCGGUCGAGUGCAGACAGUCGUACGUGAUUAACGGGACAGUUUGGAAGAACGAGCUGGAGAAGUGCGGCAGCGGAGGCUACGAGACCCGUAAGAUCAACUUCAACAUCGGUACUCUUGGAUCAAUGCCGGGACUCCAAUACGACGACGUGUCCACCUCUACGGUCGUCGACGCUCGCGGCUACUUCGAGCUGCUCACCUCGACUGGCAGCGAAGUCGAUUCGCAUUUGCGCCUCGAAAACGCCGACGACGCCACCGACCACAAGAGCUUCUCGCAGAAUUGGAGCCGCGCGACCAGCUCGGGCUUCGCCUCGCAGACCGCUGCGAUCAGUCUCACUCUCAAGAUACACAAGGAGGGCGCGAUCGAAUUGGUUAGCGAAAUGUAUGCCUACUCGAUGCUGGCUGUUACAUGUGCUCACGCCAAUGCGUCUGUCGAAACCAUCGAAAUUAUCGUUUAAAAUAUAAGUUCUGAUCUCCGUUCGAAAUGCUCUUGUAAUUGUAUCAUUUUAUUGUUCUUAUGUAACAUUCGCUUUUGUUCACAUUCAUUCUGAGAGAGCGUUUGAAAUGAGUUUUACUUACUUUACAAAGCGUUUAUGUUAUGAAUAAAAGACGCUCAUGAACAAACAAAAAGCUCUUAUUUAUGCCUUGUGCGUAGCCUAACUUAUACAGUUUUCAUCUACCAAUGUUAAAAUUAAUUGAUUGCUGAUCGCAUUCAAACUCCAAUGAGAACCGCUAAAUAAAUGCGUUUUGCUGCA